CUCCUAUUCCUGCGCGGAUUAAAAGCAAUGCAAUUAGAACAAUGAAUGACACAGAUCCAUGAUAAGCAUGGAAGUUGAUGUUUCUAUAUCUAUAUAUACUCCCCGCACAAUCCCCGCUCCUUUUCAUUAGGAUCACAGUUUAUGUAAAUUUCGAGAGGGAUUUUUGAGGGUUUGAGAUUCGAAGACACCAUGAAUUUCCGGGAGCUUUUAUUCUUCUUGUGCUUAGGCUCUAUGAUGUCCUCCACGGCGCUUGGAAAAGUCCUUUUAAUCGGCAGAGACAUUACUUUGACAUUCGCUGACGUUGAAGCUCUAUUUACCCCCCCAGUAGAGUCAAGGAUAUCUGGGACACUGUACAUGGCUGAGCCUUUGAAUGCAUGCUCGCCACUGACUAAUAAUCUUGAUAGUGUUCACAACAGCACCAAACUUCCAUUUGUGUUGAUAGUCAGAGGGGGAACAUGUAGCUUUGCCGAUAAAGUUGGUCGAGCCCAAACUGCAGGAUUUAAAGCAGCCAUAAUCUAUGACAACGUAGUUGCUGAUUUGGCUACAAUGGGAGGGUGUUCUGCUGGUAUACAGAUACCUGCUGUCUUUGUUUCAAAAGCUUCAGGAGAAAUCCUUGUAAGGUUUGCGGGUGACUCUGACAUGGACGUAUGGAUAGCACCACGCUAUGAGGUAACAUGGCCACUCAUGGUCCUGUGGUUCUUUUUAUUCCUUGCAGCGGCAGCUAUGCUGGUUGGCUGCUGCAUUUCUCUGAGGGAUGACAUAAGAAGUCAUAGACGUAUACCUAGACAUGUUAAAGAAGUUCACGGGAUGAGUAGCCGUCUGGUAAAAACCCUGCCAAGUUCAAAAUUUACAGCAGUUAAAGCAGUUGUAGAGGAUAAUUGUACUUCAACAGCAUGUGCUAUAUGCCUUGAAGACUAUAGCACUGGGGAUAAGCUCAGGAUUCUGCCAUGCUCUCACAAAUUUCAUGCUAUAUGUGUGGAUGCUUGGCUAACCUCACGGAGGACCUUCUGCCCUGUUUGCAAGCGCGAUGCUAGAACUCGAGUGGAUGAACCACUAGCUUCAGAAUCCACACCCUUACUUUCAUCAACUUCUCACUCACCUAUUAGAUCAACAUUAACAGAAGCAGCAGAAGAUUCGCGACCUCACUCACUUCAUUCUUCAUUCCACCAACUACCCCACCUCAGUACAGACCAGAGCUCAGUGGACAUUAGUAAUGCAUCAUCGCCUGCUUCUUGUUUAGAUUCAACUCACUCAAUGGUGUACCCUUCCAUGUCAUCUAUGUAUCAAAGUUAUAGUUCUCAACCCAAUGCUUCUUCAGCAAGUUCUAUUGUUUCUUCAAGUCAGCACCCAAACCCCCCACUGCAACGCACUGAUGAGUCUAACCCAACCUUUUCCCCAUUCAACUCGGCUCACUCUCUUCCAGAUUGCCAGGUCUAGCUUGCCAGAGACUUUCAGUACAGAAAUACCGAGGAUUUGCAUAUUCUUAUACUCCCUCAGUCCCAUUUUGCAUCUUCUAUUUACUAUUCAUUAGUCAAACUAAUUAUUUCUUUCUUGCCUUUUUUAAUAAUAGUAAUUUUUUAUUAUUUGA